AUGACGGACGUCUUCAGUGGAAGAUACAAGCUGAGCGAAAGCACUAAUUUCGACGAGUUCCUCACAGAGCUAGGUAGAUCCGUCAUGAUUGCAUCACAGGCCAAUGUCAUAGUCCGUAUCGUGACUUACUCCAACCUAGGCGUCGGCAGGGGAAAACACCAGCUGGACAAAUCCGCGUCUCCAGAAAUCGAGAUACAAAGGAACGGAGAUGAGUGGCACGUCAGGAGUACAGCUGGGCCGGAAAGUUCCGACUUUUCAUUCAAGCUGGGCAAGGAGUUUGAGGAGAUGCGCCAGGAUCAGGCCAAGGUCCGCAGCGUGGUGAUCCAGGACGGCAACAAGUGGACGCAGACGCAGACGCCGAUAGAUGGCACCAAGAUUGUCACCAUUGUCCGUGAGUUCAAGGAUGCGGAGAUGACGACCAGUGCCACUGUUGGUUCCGUCACUUCUGUUCGCCAUUUUGAUCGUAUCGGGUAG